GCUGGCAGCGGAUCCGGCGUCUCCGUGACAGGCACCCUGCUCCGCCGCCGCCACCGCCGCCGCUGCCUUUCUUCCUCGUCCCGGGCCGUGCACGCCGAGCUCGGGAUCGGGCUCCCGGUCUAGCCCCGCUUCGGGCCGUGCGCCCUUCGCUCGGUGUCCCGGUCCGGGGCUCCGCGCCGCCCGCUCCCGCCUGCCCGGCCGCCUCCCCGUAGCCAGAGCGCGGCCACCGAGCUGCUCGCGCCAGCCGCAUCCGCGCCGCCCCUGCCGCUCGGCCCUCCGGAGGCUCCCGCUCCCGGUUCACCCCCCCGCCACCUCCUGGCACCCAGGCUGCCCACCUCACGACCCGGGUCCUCGCCGCCGCCUCGCCCGGCCCCACUGUUCUCUGCCCAGGGUCUCGCCAGCUCUUUCUCGUCGCCGCCACCGCCGCCCCCUUGGAGCAGCGGGUCCGCCGCGGGUCACCAUGCCCAGCAAAACCAAGUACAACCUUGUGGACGAUGGGCACGACCUACGGAUCCCUUUGCACAACGAGGACGCCUUCCAGCACGGCAUCUCGUUUGAGGCCAAGUACGUGGGAAGCCUGGAUGUGCCCAGACCUAACAGCAGGGUUGAGAUCGUGGCUGCCAUGCGCAGAAUCCGGUAUGAGUUUAAAGCCAAGAACAUCAAGAAGAAGAAGGUGAGCAUCAUGGUCUCCGUGGAUGGUGUCAAAGUGAUUCUGAAGAAGAAGAAAAAGCUUCUUUUAUUGCAGAAAAAGGAGUGGACGUGGGAUGAGAGCAAGAUGCUGGUGAUGCAGGACCCUAUCUACAGGAUCUUCUACGUCUCUCAUGACUCCCAAGACUUAAAAAUCUUCAGCUAUAUCGCUCGAGAUGGUGCCAGCAAUAUCUUCAGAUGUAACGUCUUUAAAUCCAAGAAGAAGAGUCAAGCUAUGAGAAUCGUUCGGACUGUGGGGCAGGCCUUUGAGGUCUGCCACAAGCUGAGCCUGCAGCACACACAGCAGAAUGCAGAUGGCCAGGAAGACGGGGAGAGCGAAAGGAACAGCGAUGGUUCAGGAGACCCAGGCCGCCAGCUCAUGGGAGCUGAGAGGGUCUCCACAGCCACUGCAGAGGAAACUGACAUUGAUGCUGUGGAGGUCCCGCUCCCCAGGAAUGACAUUCUAGAAUUCAGCCGAGGUGUGACUGAUCUGGAUGCUGUAGGGAAGGACGGAGGCUCCCACAUAGAUUCGACGGUCUCACCCCAUCCUCAGGAGCCCGUGCUGACAGCCUCUCCUCAUAUGCUGCUCCCUUCUUCUUCCUCGAAGCCACCAGGCUUGGGCACGGGGACACCCCUGUCCACUCACCACCAGAUGCAGCUCCUCCAGCAGCUCCUCCAGCAGCAGCAGCAGCAGACACAAGUGGCUGUGGCCCAGGUUCACUUGCUGAAGGAUCAGUUGGCUGCUGAGGCUGCGGCCCGGCUGGAGGCCCAGGCACGAGUGCACCAGCUCCUGCUGCAGAACAAAGACAUGCUCCAGCACAUCUCUCUGCUGGUCAAGCAGGUGCAGGAGCUGGAGCUGAAGCUGUCAGGACAGAACACCAUGGGCUCCCAGGACAGCUUGCUGGAGAUCACCUUCCGUUCAGGUGCCCUGCCUGUGCUCUGUGAAUCCACCACCCCUAAGCCAGAGGACCUACACUCACCGCUGCUGGGCGCUGGCUUGGCCGACUUUGCCCACCCAGCGGGCAGCCCCUUAGUCGAUCACAGCAUGUUUGAGAAUUUGAACACAACCCUCACUCCAAAACUCCAAGCCAGCCAUUCCUUCCCCCACCUGUCCAGACCUGGGGCCCCAGGCUCCAUUGCCCCAGAGUCAGGAGGACCAGGACUGAGGGUGGGCAGCAGCCAACACCUUAGGAAUCUGGGCAAAGUUGUGGGGGCCAAGGUCAAUGACCUCCUGCGAAGAAAGGAGACUUCAAGCUUGGGCAGCGUGGGUGUGAUGGAGAUUAAUAAGACUGUUGGAGCCCAGCUGCCUGGUGGGGAAGAUGCAGCCUGUGGACCCUGGCCGGAGGACGAAAGGUCAGUCCAAGAAGCCUUCCCUCUGCUGGAUCCCCCACCUCCCAUAACCCGGAAGCGAACCCCUCGGGCCCUGAAGACCACCCAGGACAUGCUGAUUUCAUCGCAUCCCGUCCUAAGCAAUCUAGAAUAUGGGACGGAAUUGUCACCUGGGCAGGCUCCAGACUCUCCGCCUACUGCUCAGCCUGUCUCUGCAGACACUUCACGGCCUGAGUCUACCAUUGAGAUGGGCGAGAAGGGAGAGGCUCUGCCCAAUGGUGAGGUGUCCCUGUUGGUACCUGACCUAAUACACAAGAACACCCAGGAGGACUCCAAGCUAAAGGCAGCUGAGGGCAGGAAAUCCUCCUCCCCUGAACCCCUUGAGAGAAAUGGCCUCAAACUCAGCUUGAGCCCCAUCAGUCUGGCUGAGUGCUGGGAGAACGGCAGCCCGCCUCUGCAGGCACGGACUUCCAGCCUUGACAAUGAGGGCCUUCACCCAGACCUGCUGUCCUUUGAGUAGAAUCUCUUGUCCUGCCUACUGAGCAUCCUCUUCGCUUUGUCAUCCACUGCACACAGGUCCACUGUCCCAACUCGGCCGUGCCCUCAUCUGCCUCAUUGGAAGGCACAGCAGAGCUCACUCCCUACCAGGCAUGUGGUGGGACCAGAUGGCCACCCGCGUAAGUCCCAGUUAAGGAGUCUACAGAACGGCAAAGGGACUCGGUGGCAUCUCAUCCUGCUCCUCUGCUGGCUGCUGGCUGCAGCUUUGGCUGCCGGAACUCAUCCUCCUUCAGGCUUAUCCCAGCUUCCUACUGACUCGUGGGGCCAUGAGCCCAAGGGGAUGGAUCUAGCAGGAAUUUUCUUUGCCUGUCUGUUCAGACUCAUAUGCUGUCUAUUUUUUGACCUCCCCACCACCUCCAAUCCCCAGUUCUGUCCCUUUCUUCCAUACUGGUCCAGGGCCUCCCUGCCUUGAAGGGACCACAGCUAGGGGGAGAAUGGUAGGUUUUGGCUUGAUGAUGGGACCUGGCCUGGAAAGCUACACCUUGACUACAAUCCUAGCCACCAUCUUUCCUCUGCUUCUGGCCCAGUGUCAGAGGAGGUGCUUCCAAGGCUUAAGGCCUUGAGAGCUUCCUCAGAGGUUGAGCCUUGUCACCAAGGGUUCCCAGGGUUUUCUCAUCCGUUGGGUGUGCCCCUACCUAUCUUGCACUUGGGAACAAUGGUAUAGGCAGGCUUGCUGGGGUUCCUUGCUGUAUGUGUGUGAAGACAGGAGUGGGCAGACCCCUGCAGAAGCAGCAGAGAGUGUUCUGAUGUUCAGAGAGGAGAGUGUGGGAGCACGGAAUGGUCCUGCAAGAGCAGAGAUCACAGGGAAGAGACCAGUGAGGACUGCGAAGGGCAUUGCAGAGAGUCAGAGCAGCUUUUCAGGCCACUCCACACCAAGAAUGAGGCAGUGCCUGGAUCUGGGAACAGUAUGUGUGAGAGCCAGGGUGGAGCAUGUGAGAGACUGGAAUGUGGUGAGGACCCGUGGAGGCAAAAGCAGUUGUCUUUAGUGAAAGUGCUUCUUUAUGCUUGUGCUGAAGUUGCCUAAAUUCCUGCAGCACCAGAGAUACCUCGAGUCUCUGUCUUUUAUUCAGGUAAUGGCGAUCCUCCUCUGCUUCUGCCGGGGUCUCUGUGGAAGGACCCAACAAGACUUACCAACCGUUCACUGGUUCCUGUCUUCCGGGUUAACUUGCUUUGUAUCCCUCUCUUCCUUUAGGGGCCCUAUCAUGCUGUCUUCCUGUGGCCAGGAGACUCUGUAGUGAUCCCAGCCACAAGGGCCUUUGUAGCCAGAAGAGGAAUCCCUAUUCUUGAACAAGGAGGCCAGAGCCCCCCUUCCCCCAUGGAGGCUGGGGGUAGUACAUCCAGCCAAGGCAGGCCAUGCAGCAGUCCUCUUGCCCUGCUUCCUGUGAUCUUCCCAUUUCUGCUUGCUUGGCUUUCCAUCUGUGACACUGGGGUACACAGGUCUCUCUUCCCAGUUCAGCAUCACCAGUGUGCUACCCUCCUCCCAACCAGCAGACAUCUGAGCUAACUCCUGCAGCUGGAUCCCUAGGAUGGAGGUUUCCCUCUCAUAUACCUGCGUAAGCAGCUGCCUGGCUUCGGCCAUCUCUGCCCUCUGACCCUUUUCUCUCGACCCAUCUUCCAUUGCCACAGAAAGUAAGGCUUCAUCUCGUGGUCCCUGCAAACUCCCGUCUCUUCCUCUCAGAUGAGAAUCCAUGCAGCCAGGCAUCUGAAGGCUCUGUUGGAAUACAUAGGACUGUUAGUACAUAUGUAGCACAUGUGCCUUGCUCCAAGAACAUCCCAGGGAUGUGGCAUUGGAUCCUGAAGUCAGAGAAUUCCUUAGGACUAGCAUUUGAGGACCUAUAGAUUUCCCACAAUGAUGUAGGAUCUUACCCAAAACACAGUUCAGGCUCUAGGGUGGAAAGUCUAAGCAUUCACCAGAGAGCAAGUCCAUUAUAAUCUGAGCUCUCCAUCUCAAAAUCUUGAUUUGCUCCUCUGACGGGAAGCUCACAGGUAGCUACUCUCUGGGGCUUCUUCUCCUCAGAGACUAGGUAAUAUGGUUGCCUAAGACCAACAGCAUGAGGCUUGGCUUGCUCAAGUACCCAGGAUACUGCUAGAGCCCUGGCCCUCAGGCCCAGGGUUAGCCAAGAGAUCCCACCAUUGUCCCAAAAGCCCUAAAGAGGGAUCUCCUGAGUACUUCAACCUUAAUGCUUGAUGUUGGAUUAGGUGUCAUGGAUGCCUGCAGCAACUGUUAGGAUCCUGGCCAUCUCUCUGCUACAGGUGUGAUGCCGCUACCUCAGGAGGCCCUCUGAGACUGAGCCUUAUUUUGUAAAGAUGCUGCAGAUACUGCCUGGUGCUAAGGGGCUAAGUGUUUCCCAGCAGCGACAAAUCCUCCUGAGGGCUUCCACUCACAUCAGUUCUUCCAGCGAGUAACCUCAUCAGGCUCCUUGACCAUCUCAGCAGUGUGGACUACAGCGCAUCAGCCUUCACGAUGAAGCCAGAUCUUCUGGGGGGUUGGCCUUUGGGUGCUUUGAUCUGCAUGGCCCAGGGCCAGGCUAACGGGGAGGAAUGAAGGGUCUAACUUCAAUGUCUGUUUAAAGAAGCUUGGGGUCUUGGCGCUCUUUUCUCUCCACUUCUUUCCAGCCCUAUUUGUAUAACCCUAUUCAACCCAUAGCUAUACUUUGAUAGAUGACAAAGUGAGCUUCCGGAAACAUGGAAAGAAGGUGUCCUCACCCUAGUCCCAGCCCACACUUCUCUCUAGAAAUGUAUCUGUGAAUGUUCUGGGAGAUAUGAAGACAUGUGUUUUAAUCCAUCAUCUUUUAAAGAACAAGUUUGGCCCCUGUUGGAAAGAACAAGAUUAUAGUUCUAUUCUGAGUAUUUUUUAGAGAGUUCAUAUUUAUAUUUUUAGAGAUUUUUUUCUUGUAGAAGGAAAUUGCAUAAUAAAAUGAUAAAUGUGU